CCGCCGCCCGCCUCGGCCCGGGCACAGCUCGCGCGCGGUCGCAUCGCACGCGCCUCGCACCCGCACCAUGCUCGCGAUGCGCGCGGGCGCGGCGACGACGCCGACGCCGCGGCGCGGCGCGUCGUCCCCGUCGCGAUCCGCCCCCGCGUCGGCGUCAACCCUCAUCGCGAAGAAGAGGAACGAGAUCCAACAUCGCGUCCUCCGCCCCCGUCGUCCUCGCGUCGUCGUCCUCGCGGCGGCGUCCGCGGCGUCGCCGAACCCGGGGCCCGGGCGCGCGAACCGCACGCGCGUGAACGUCGCGACGACGACGCCGACGCCGCAGGCGAGCCCGAUGUCGCUGUCGUCGCCGCCCAUGUCCAGCGUCGACGGAUUCAUGGACGUCUCGAUGCCGACGGUGCUGAACGCGAACCUAGGAAGCGUGAUGGCCCCGCCCGCGUGCGACCUCGACCCGAAGAAAACGCACAUCGUGUGUACGUUAGGGCCGUCGUCCAGGACCGUGGACGACCUCGAGGACUUGCUGCGCGCGGGGAUGUCCGUCGCGCGGUUCAACUUCUCGCACGGGACGCACGAGUACCACCUCGAAUCGCUGCAGAAUCUGCGCGAGGCGUGCAAAAACACCGGGAAAAUUUGCGCGGUGCUCCUCGACACGAAGGGCCCGGAGAUUCGAACCGGGACGCUCGAGAACGGCGAGCCGGUGAAGCUCAAGCGCGGGGGCGAUGUCACGCUCACGACGGAUUACGCCGUCCCCGGAAACGCAUCCUUACUGGCGGUUUCGUACGAACACAUGGCGCGAGACGUGAAGACCGGGACGCGAAUCCUGAUGGCGGACGGCAGCGUCAUGCUCGAGGUUUUAUCCACCGACGUCGCCGCCGGAACGGUCGCGUGCAAGUGCUUGAACGACGCGACGAUCGGGGAGAGGAAGAAUUGUAACUUACCGGGGGUGAAGGUUGAUUUACCCACGCUCACGGAGAAAGAUUUGCACGACAUCGUGGGCUUCGGCGUCGUCCACGACGUCGAUUUCAUCGCCGCGAGUUUCGUUCGAAAAGGCUCCGACGUGAAAAAAAUACGCGAAGUUUUGGACUCGGCGGGGGGGAAGACGAUACACAUCAUCUCCAAAGUCGAGAACCACGAGGGCCUGUGCAACUACGACGACAUCGUGCGCGAGAGCGACGGGAUCAUGGUCGCGCGCGGCGACCUCGGGAUGGAGAUCCCCCUCGAGCGCAUCUUCUGGGUCCAAAAGAUGAUGAUCAGAAAGGCGAACCUCGCGGGAAAGCCCGUCAUCACCGCGACGCAGAUGCUCGAUUCCAUGAUCGCCGCGCCGAGGCCGACGCGAGCGGAGGCCACGGACGUCGCGAACGCGGUUCUCGACGGCACGGACUGCGUCAUGCUCAGCGGCGAGACCGCCGCGGGGGCGUACCCGCGAGAGUCCGUCGAGAUCAUGGCGGGCAUCUGCGAGGAAGCCGAGCGAUGCGUCGACAACUGGACGCUCUCGCAGUCUCUCCUCAACACCACGAUGGCGGGGACGAUCUCGCCGCUGACCACGAUCGAGUCGCUCGCGUCGUCCACGGUCAUGACCGCGGCGAAGGUGAGAGCCUCCUGCAUCGUCGUCCUCGCCGCCAACGGCGACGCGGCGAGAAUGAUCGCGAAGUAUCGCCCGGCGGUGCCCGUCGUCGUCGGCGUCGUCCCGCGGAGCGCGAGGAAAUCCAUCGGAUUUCAAGAGAAGGAGCUCAGAGGGCAGCAAGUCGCGAGGCAGCUGAUGCUCACGCGCGGUCUGAUACCCACGGUCGUGCAGCCGCCGAGCGAGGUUGACGUGGACGACGAGAGCCGCGCGCCGAUCGCGGCGAAGAAGUGCGUCAUGCAAGCAGUCGACCACGCGAGAAAGUUGCUGCUCGUCAGGCCGGGGGAUAAGGUGGUCGCGAUGUACAACGUGGAGAAGCGAUGCGCGGUCGUGCGAGUGAUCGAGAUUCCGCCGGAGUGCGACCCGGACUGCGUGGACGAGGCGUGCGACGUGGAGUGCCAGCUGGAUGAGAAUUUCCUCACCCCGGGCUCCGGCGAUCAGGACUGACGGCGGAGGAGGCGCGUGUAUAUCAUACUACACGUACGUCACGCCGCGCCGCGCCGCGCCGCCGUUUGAUAAAACGUUGUUGUUUCAAUUCAAAAGAUUCGUUGUACUGU